GGGCGGCCCGAGCGCCGCCCCGCGCGACGGCUUCCCACUGCGCUGGGCGUCUCGCUCGUCUGCUCCGCCGCCACCAGCUGCUGCUCGCGUCCGCGCCCGGCAUGGCUGGCAAAGCACACAGGCUAAGUGCUGAGGAGAGGGACCAGCUGCUGCCAAACCUGCGGGCCGUGGGGUGGAACGAGCUGGAAGGCCGGGAUGCCAUCUUCAAGCAGUUCCAUUUCAAAGACUUCAAUCGGGCUUUUGGCUUCAUGACAAGAGUGGCUCUUCAGGCUGAGAAAUUGGACCACCAUCCUGAAUGGUUUAACGUGUACAACAAGGUCGACUGUCCGCUCCUGUUCAUUUCAUCUGCUUCCUAGGAUCGACAUAAACACCCCUAGAAAAUAUUCAGUCUCACUACAGGUUAAAGAAAAGCAAAUUGAAACACUAGUGAGACAACUUGUGGGUUAAGUAGACAUUAAGAAGGCAAAUCCUAAAGAAGGAAAGGCUGUGAGAACCAGGCAUAUUCACUGUUAAUAGCUCUAAAGGGCUGGCAUUUUCUGGAGGUAUGGAAGAAUGAAAAAGUAAUAAACUUGAACUGAGAAUACCCAUGCGCACCAAGGAGAUCAGCCUGUCUGCUGAAUGAAUGGGAACAGUCAUUAAAUGCCUAUCAUGAACCAAGAGCUAUGCUGGACUCUUUCUAAAAACAUUAAGGCUGGAAGUGAUGAUCUGUAAAUGGACAGUGUUUAGGAGUUGGUUUGGGGUCUUGUCUUUGGCUUUUAGGUUGCUCUUGAUAUUUGGAUCUUUCUUUUCUUAUCCUAUGCUGUGGUUACCAGUGUUUAUGGAGGUGUAAUAGAAGACAGUUUUGCACUGAUGUUAAAGACUCGUCAGGAAGGCAGCCCCCAGGAGAGGGGUUAGUGUCUGGUUACACUUCUUGGUGUGGCUGAGCCCAGGAGCUGGUGACUCUCUCCUGCUCUUAGGUGCAGUCGGUGGAAUCAGCUGGCCCCGAAUCU